AUGAACGACACACUUGUUUACGAGGAUCCGUUCGCUGACCCAUGCGCUGUCGAAAUAAAUGAUCGACGAUUCUACAUGGCUGUAGCUGGCACUAUUCUCUCUUUUGUUUCAUUGCUGUGUAAUCUGCUCAUAGCAAAGGUACUGUAUUGCUCGAGACAUGCGCACUUCUUCUUUCUCGCCCUUUUAGCCAUGAGCGAUAGUUUUCUUUCACUUAUGUAUGGUCCAGUCAUUGCUUUAGACAUUAUAAAGGACAGGUUGCAGAUCCUUUGGUUGACAAAGUUAUAUUGGUGGUACUUAGGACCACUGUUGUCAAUGUGUCAGGUGUCGAUGACAUUUUCUUGCUAUUUGAUCAUUUUGGGAACGCUGGAACGAUAUCUAAUUACACAAAGGUCCAGAAGUCUAAAGUGGUUCCGAAGAAGUCGUGGACUUCUCGCUUUCUACAUGUUUUUGCUGUCGCUUCUGCUGCGAGGCACUUUGGUAUUUGAGAUCCAGUUAGACCGGAACGGUGAUUGCACAGGGAUUUCUGAGUAUAUUCCUGGCCUCACAGAUAUAGUACACACCGUCUGGUAUGGCACAGUAUUUCGAUUUUACAUCAGAAAUAUCAUGACCGUUUUUGUGCCGUUCUUUUUAUUGGCGUACCUCAACUACAGUAUUGUCAGCACUCUACGUAAUCAACAACGUUCGGCGGAGAUGUUCCGCUUUUCCAGUGAUCACAAGAGUAAAAUCCGCUCAGCCACACUUCUUCUUGUCAUGAUCGUAUGCUCCUAUCUGCUGGCAAACAUUCUGAAUGUUCUUAUCACUCUGUGGGAGUACGUUGCUUUCCAAUCCACUCAGACUCAGGAGGCGUAUGUAAUCUACGAGGCUUGCACAGAUAUCAUAUCCGUACUGUACGUGUUUGUAUGUGCCACUAGACUACUGGUCUAUAUUACAUGCAAUAAGGAAAUCCGUGAUGCAAUGCUCAAACAACUUUGUCCACAAUACAACGCAAAGAAAGCGAGCUAUGCAAAAGCCAUUGAUGGUGAAAAAACUCCUCGCCAGAUAGGUACCGAACUAGACGCUGUGGCUAUAGCAAUUGCUCGACGACUUAAGUCUGAUGAUUCUUCGUACAAAGAAGAAGCUGAACGUCCCUUACAAGCUAUAGUCUACGCCAAUGAUCAUGCUCGAGACAGUGAGAUACUUUGA